AUGCCGUUCACCCGUCUGCGCUAUGCACAGCUUGAUGGCGUUUUCUUGAGCAUCACGCCCGGCGACCCAACACUGUGGGUAGGUGUAAUAUUCGUGCGAAAAGGACCAUAUGCACCUGCAGUCUUACGCUUCCAAAUCUCCUUCCCACCCAGCUAUCCUACUAUACCCCCCCUCGUGACCUUUUCUACCGAUGUCUUUCACCCGCUGCUCACGCCACUUACCACGUAUACUUACACGACUGGCUCCGCCGACACGGAUACGGUCAGUGCCACGGAUGAGGAACGGCUGCCACCAGGAGGCUUCAGUCUCCGGCACGGCUUCCCGCACUGGUUCGGCAGAGCUCGAAGAUCUGUACCGAGUUCUCGCGAUGUCAGUGGAUCUUCAAAUGCUUUUCCCGCGCGAUCCGACUCCAACGUCGUAUCUGGCGUCCUCGGGGCUUCUCAGUCUACUGCGGAGUACUCCAUUGUGCGCAUGCUAGAGUACAUCCGCUCGACCUUUAGUGAGGAGUCAAUAUUGGACUCACUUCCGCUAGAGGCUGCUGCGAACCCAGGCGCGUAUCAUGCGUGGCGGGCCCACCGCGCUCCGAUAUUGCAAUCGCAACAGUCAGACCGAGCAACUCCAAGUCCCGACCCUUCCACAACGGACAAGUCAGAAGGUUCAUCUGCAUUGGGACGUAAUCGCCGACCUGGAGAGUGGAACUGGGAGGGGGUCUGGGAGGAACGUGUAAGAAAAGCAGUCAAGGCUAGUAUAUCGGAACCAGUCCUGUUCGGCACUGGCGCUGGAGAAGACAUUAUUCGCUUUCGCGAGGCGGACGAUGAGAUGCACGAGAAGAUGAAGAGACAUUUAGAAGUGGCUGCCGCACAACUGGAAGAAAUCGCGAAAAGCUACUUUUCGAAGGCGAAUAUUUCCGACGAUCAGUACGUGUUCGGUCCGCUAGACGACAUCAUCGACGAGAUCAAGAGCGAUAUCUGGGAGUCACCGCCCGACUACAGCUUCAACUCAUCCGUCUUUGACUGGGCGCAGCCGCUCAGAGUACCUUUGUCGUGGACCGUAACACCUCUGCCUCUUAGUCGUGCGCCGAGCGACCAGCCUCUGACGAUACGCAAGAACAGAAACAGUCGGUCCUCAGCCUCAGGAUCCAGCUUUGGAGACCAGAUGGCGUUCUCGCGCAAGAACAGCCAUGUCGAGCCCGAAAACGGCGACCCAGUACGUUCUAUGCCUACCACUGCACUUACCCCUUGGCCGUUGAUCGAUGUGGCGUCGAGCGAGGCUGCGCACCCUCUCUUCGUCGCCGACAGCGCUGAACACAUGAACGCGCAGCAGGCUCUCGAGAAGGCGAUCAGCAACACUGAAGGUCACGCCGAACCACUGAAGCGGCGCAUGUCGUCAAAGCUUCGAUCGUUUACCAGUGGUCUACCUCUCCUACGCCGCCACAACACUGGAGAGACUAGCGCUGGUAUUAGCGAUAUACCGGGUGCAACGUCGCCAACAGCAGCUACAGCGCUCGCGGCUCACGAAGAGACUGAAGAAGGCUCAGAGGUGCAGCAUCCGGACGAUGAAGCUGUCGGGGCUUACCUGCUACGAAACGCCCGCAACGGUAACGAGUUCACCUCCAUCAUAGGAUGUAUCUCGAAGCGCAUUCCUUCCCCGACUGACUUUGACCAUGAGGCUUCGGAGGCACAGGUGUCAGACUUGACCUCCCAUUUGCCAACAACCCUGCGCCCAGCGGUUAGACUGUUCCCUGAGGUCAAGCUUCUCACCGAGGAUUACCAAGACAUCGGCGUUGCUAUCGAGAUCGAGGGUGUCCUGCACAACCGAAAGCCUCUGCCCGACACCGGUAUUGAUGUGAUCUUCGUGGUAGACAACGGUUACUAUGUGACUCCGGCUUGUCUCGAGAGGUCGCUGGAUGCGGUUAAUGGAGCCUUGUAUCAUCUUGGCGGCGAGGAUCGCGUGGCGCUUUACACUACUCACUGCACCCACCGUGAUGUCACCGGAAACAGGCCAGAAGUGCUUUAUGCACUUCGACCCGUCUGUACGGAAGUCGAUGAGAUCUUUCAGGAUUUGACGUCUAGGAUCGCGCACUCUGGUUCGCAAGUCUGGCAUCCGCCUCGUCCGAACCCGUCCAUGACUGAUGUCAUCCUUGGCAUCGCGAGAUCCAUGCAGGGCGAGCACCUCAAGGCCGGUCGAACUCAUGUCAUCGUGCUGUCUCCUGCAGCCCAUGUCUUGCACGAUGUAUCGAAGUCCUUUCCGGAUAUCUACAUUCACCGCAUCAAUCCUGCGCUGCUCCCAUAUCGCCGCGAACCAGAGUUCCAGGAUACCAUCUGUCUUAAAGACUGCUGCAAGAACGUUUUCGCCAGCAACUGGUCCAAGUACCAAUCCACGUCCGGUCGCAUCAAGCGUAUCUUGAAGAAUGCUCGGUCUGAGAAGCCUGUUGGCGAACUGUUUGACUUUACGGUCGAACUCCGGACUAAGGCAGGUUGUGAGAUUCUCUUUGUCUGUGGAGACAAGGAGAUUCGCCGAUUGUUUCCAGGACAAGUGCACACCCUCUUCGUCUGGGUCCGCAUCAACAAGGCUGAGACUCAGGGCGUUAACCUCAACUCUGACAACCCCAUUCUCAACUCAUGCCUCGACGCCAACGGACUGAGACAGGAGCUGCAGAACUGUGUCCGUGCAGGUGCCACCAAGGUAAACCCUCUUGAAGUGCAGCUACUGCAUCGCAGCUCACUUCACCCGACGCGAUCUUGGAUGUACACGGAGGCUCAGCUCAUCCUCACUCGCGAGCUUGGCGGGCUGGCACCUCUCCUGGAUACAUCCAUGGAGUUUUUCAAGCGUCAGCUUUUCUGCAACCUUUCUCGAGUGUCGGCGGACGAAGCUAAAGUUGUGGCUGAAGCGACUCUUAACACCCUCCCCAAGGAUCAUGAACAAGCAAAGAUGCUGCUGGAGAGCAUGUCACAGGAGAUCGAGCUUCACUUGGCGAUCCGCAAGUAUGAGAAGGAAUACCGACAGAGGCUCCCGCUGUGCCCCGGUCCCACCGACGUGGAAGCAUCUCACAAGUGGCUUCACGAGCUGUGGGCUCGUAGGAGGAACAAGCGCAGCGGCUCAGACGUGGCCUGA